UGAAUAUUGCACAUUGCAAGGCGUAUCAUUUGCACUUUUGGUAUAUAUAAUAUAUACUCGAUACUCUAUAUCAUCCUCGAUGCGCUUCCAUAUCCGACUAUCUAAGCAGGAAAUCGCCGAUUUUAGGGCAUCGCAAAAAAUCAUUCAAGCGUUGGAUUCUUCUCCCAACGACCACGCAAAAACACUAUUCUAUCCGCACCGCUUACGUGCGCGACACCUCUCCAUCCACUGGCCCGGAUAUAUGGUAUAAUGAUAAACAAAAACAAGAGAACCCCCUUUAUGCAUAUUAUGCGUUAAUCAUAGAGACUGU